ACCCAGCUCUUUGAAACAGUGACCUGUGAGUAUCAUUAAACAGUGACUGUUCGCUCAGUCGAGAUCAUGGGCUCCGGAGACUCUGUGCGAGUUGUGAUCCUCCCGAGCAGCAGCUGCUCUUAUGAGGACAGUGUCCGGAUCACAGUGAGCGGACUGGAGCCUCGGCAGCGCGUGGAGCUCCGCUCCCUCCUGCAGGACGAUAAGGGGGUGGUGUUCAGAGCUGCGGCCCGGUACCAGGCGGACAGGAGCGGGGAGCUGGACCUGAGCCGACACGCCUCUCUGGGGGGCUCCUACACGGGUGUCGAGCCGAUGGGUCUGUUCUGGUCGAUGGAGGCGGACGUGCCCCACAGUAAAGUGGUGAAGAGGGACGCCUCGACCCCCCUGUUCGUUCACAUAGAGGCUUCCAGCGGGGGGAAGACCCUCGCCCAGGCCACCAAUGAGAGACACUUCGCGGUGCAGGGGGUGAGGAGAGUCCCUGUCAGAGACGGCAGGAUCCGGGGGACCCUCUUCAUACCGCCCGGAGAAGGCCCAUUCCCUGCAGUUGUAGAUCUGUAUACUCUGGGAGGAAUUCUGUGUGAGCCGCGAGCAGCUCUGCUGGCCAGUAAUGGAUUUGUGACACUGGCUCUGGCUCUCUAUGGCUACCAGGAUAUGCCCAGAAAAGUUGAUAAGAUUGAAUUGGAGUACUUUGAAGAAGCCUUAACAUUCCUGCAGAAUCUGCCUGAGGUCAGUAAAGUUAAACCUCAUGUGUGUCAUCUUAAGGUGAAGAAGACUGGAGUGGGCAUUGUGUCGAUCUCAAAGAGUGGAGAACUUGCCCUGGCAAUGGCCUCAUUCCUACCCAAUGUGAAAGCUACUGCCUGGAUCAACGGCAACAUUGCCAACGUCCUGUUUCCACUCCACUACAAAGACAUCGUCCUCCCACCUCUCUCAGAAAAUGUUGAAAGAAUAACCACAACGGCUUCAGGUAUCCUGGACAUUAGAGAUGUCCUUAAUGAUCCUAUGGAUAAAGAGAACCGUUCCAGAGUCAUACCGAUUGAGCGUGCCAGCUGCAAUUUCCUGUUCAUCGCGUCCGAAGAUGACAGGAACUGGAACAGCGUCUAUUAUGCAGAACAAGCUUCCAAAAUACUUAAAGCACACAGAAAGACAAACUAUGAAGUGGUGACUUACCCAAAGGCAGGGCACUUUUUGGAAAUUCCAUACAUGCCAUUUUAUCCUUCUGGAAUCCACGCUGCAGUGGGUCAAGCAGUUGCUUUUGGAGGAGAACCCAAAGCCCAUGCUGUUGCACAGGUUGAUACAUGGAAAAGACUGCUGGAGUUCUUCAAAAAGCACCUGGAGUUUGCUGAUGGCCGUUUAAAAUCUUUGCUUUAACCGAGGAUGCAGCUGAGGGAUUAAUAUUAAGAAAAUUUACAAUUAAAAGUCCUUGGUAGAAUGUGAAACAAUAUCAUGUGAAAUUUAAAAUUGUCCUUCAACAAUUAAAAAAACUUAAAACCAGUUUAUACAUGAACAACACAUUAUUUGGGUAAUAAUCAUAGAUACAUAGCUUAAAUCAAAUAUAAAUGAGAGUAAUUCUUUCAUACUGUCCACACGCACUAUGUUACAGUUUAUUGAUAAUCUAUUGAUGGUCAAUGAUUUACAGAUAAAUUAAAAGUGUAAUUCAUCUUAUCAAUCUAGCGAAGAUUACAGCUGGCAACUACAGCCUGUAUACAACAAUAGUACCAUGUUUUCAACUCCUGCUCAAUAAAUUUCACACUAACAGUCA